AUCGAGGACAAAAAAUAAAUAAAACAAUAUCUGACUGACUGAAUGUGGUAGAAACCAGAAACUACAUUAGUCGUUUGGACCCAUAAGAAAGAAAAAAAAAGUGCGAGAGCGCGAUGAGUACGAGCUUGGCGUUAUCGUCGGCUGCCACCGCUGCAGUCAGUUCGGCGUUCCUUGCCACAGAUACCAACAAAUUCAAAUUCAAUGCCUUAAUUUCACCAAAUCCAAGGCUUAAUUGCCGCUACUCAAUUAUUACUCCUACAGCUACUAGUAUAGCAACAAGUAGUAGUAGCAGACGAAGAAGAAAAACUGCUGUUUCGUGCUCGGUGGCUUUGGGAUCCAACAAUUCAGAUGAUGAUGAUGAAGAAGAAGAAGAAGAAGAAGCGAAGAAGAAGAUUGGAGCAAGGGUUAGGGUGAAGGCCCCGGUGAAGGUUUACCACGUGCCUCGCGUGGCGGAGGAAGUGGAUCUGUGUGGAUUGGAAGGUGAGGUGAAGCAGUACGUGAGCCAGUGGAAGGGGAGGCGAGUUUCCGCUAAUCUUCCUUACAAGACUCAGUUUGUCCACUCAGGAGGAGUCAAAUUCUUUGCUCAUCUCAGAGAGGACGAAUUGCAAUUUAUUGAUUGAUCGACUCACUCACUUAUCCUAUCAUCUCUCUCUCUCUCUUUGUUUGCUCUUCCUUUUAAUUUCAUAACAAUAAUAACAAUCAUAUAUGUGUGUAUGUUGUUGUUGUUAUAACAUGAAUGAUGUGUAUAUACAAAUAUUCUUCUUCUAUCCAAUUCAAAUGCAGUUUUGCUUA